AUGAUUUCAGAGCCGCUUGUCAGUCUGCUGGCCCUGAUCAGUGUGGCCAAUGGCUAUGUAUUACAAUGUGCAAAGCCUGUUUCACCCGCCAACUGGUCGUCCUCCUCGACUCCCUCGCCUCUCUUGAAGCGAGCCGGUGAUCCCAGUAACAUGGAAUGGAUCAAGCGGUUGGCAGCCAUCGGCGACAGCCAUACGGCAGGAAUUGGUGCUGGACGACCGCUUGGCCACCAAAUCUCUUCCGACGAGGUGGCUUUCAAAGUGCCUAUGGAUCUUGACCAGAUUCGCGACAACUAUUCAUGUUCUAGGUACGACUUGGCAUACCCCAAAUUUUUUGACACAAGGAUAAAUAACUGUGAGAAGCAGUCUUGGGACUUUGCCUGGUUCCUUCCGCUAGGUGCUUCUUAUCAGGCCUUGACUGUUGCUCGUCGCCUGACGUCCAACAAAUUGGUCCCUGAUAUAAACUCGGCCAUCCGAGCAGCUGUUAACGCGGCUGCUGAGGACAGCGAUAUCAAGUACCUGGUCGGUUACUCCGAUUGGGACUGGUGGGUCACUGAGGAGGUUGAUGGUCAAAUGUGCUCGCCCAGCAGCAAUGGUGAUUAUCCAGAUCCACGCCAACCGGACAUGCACUUCAUCAAGCCUGACACCCAUCCUUUCUUUGGCUGGCAGAGUCAAGUCGGUCGCGAUUCACCACGCAAGCGCGAAUUGGACUUUGAUAUGGAUCUCGAAGAGAUGCUGAGCUCGCCCAGGCUCUCCAAAUCUGAGAAACGUCAGGUCAAGCGUGUCAAGGCCGCUAUGGAGGUCCGUGAGGAUCAUCUAAGGCGUACAAUGUACGAUUCGAUUCUCUACAAAUCACCUGACCCGCGUGCUACCGUCAGGCAUAAACUCGACCGACGGGCUCCUUCACCACCAGGCUGCCCUGGAGAUGGCGGCCCGGACAUGACCCUUGGUCUGGUUCUGCCCGACCACGUUGGUGCCAACGUAACCGACCACCUGACUAUCGCCUCCUUCGCUCUCGCCGAACCCAUGGACCUCCGCUCCAUCGCCUUCCGCGUCGACGCCCCCUACUGCACCAGUGUCCGCGACGAGUUCACCUGCUUCUCCACAACCAGCAGCAAAUACUACGUUAACGGCAAUCGCACAAACGCAAACUACGAGUCCUUCUGCAAAGAAGUCGACGAAAAACAUCCCUCGGGCACAGUUAACUGGAGCUACUCCAAGCUCUACGACGCCGGCACCCCUAAAGAGCACGACUUGAUCGUCAGCCUUGCAAAUGGAAAUUCAGUGUUUCACAAGGACCAAUGCAUCGAUUCGAUGCGGGCAAUCAUAAAUUCAUGUGACACGAGGGAUAAUCCCAUGAACUGGAAGGGCGACGGCCGCUACAUCCGCGAGGCGGGAGACAUAAGAUACGAAAUGCAUCCUCGACGCAGCAAUCGGCCAUGGCCCCCGUCCAAAAUUGUCUACGGGCGCUGCGAGAGCUGGUACAAAGUGCUGUUUGGGCAGUAUACGAUUGAAGGUGCAGGUUGGGCGACGUGGAAUUGGGGACAGAAGACUAUGCUGCCGAAUAUGAAAGGGUGUUAUGGGUUAGGGACUACAGACUGGAAGUUUGAGUAUUAUGAUGAUCCGGGGAAGCAUAAGGGGUAUGAGUGGAAGGUGAUGUUUCGAACGCCGAUUUGGGUGAGGGCGAGGUGUUGGAGUAAUAAUAAGGUUGUGAGGGCUGCAGGAGGGUAG